AUGCCAUGUUCACAAUCUUCCGAGACCAACACAAACUGUACCAUUUCGUCCUCAGCACGUCAUGAAAUCUCACUGCCAACUGCCAUCAGCAGCGGUUUUUCAGACUACGCAACAACUGAUGUCGCGUCAAUAACAUCUGCCAAUCCUUCACCUCCGAGGAGCAUUAGUCAAGAAAUUGCAGGAGUUACAAGGAUGGCACCCAACAAAGUACCUAAGAACCAUUCAGAUUUUGAAUCACACGUGGAAGGUUUCUUUGCCAGCGGGCAGCCAGGUUCUGACAUCCAUGCGAUUAACCAAGCGCCCAUUUUGAGUUCCUUCCCACAGCUCCCGCACCCAAAAUUGCCCUCGGAACAGUGGACAAUUGCGUCAAAUUCACUGUCGAUCAGUGAACAAAAACAAUAUCUUCAAUUGUUCUGGAAUUAUUGUCACUCGCUUUUGCAGAUCAUGAGCAAAGGGGAAUUCGAUGAGCUCGGUAAGCUGGUAUUAUCGACUACCGACGAUGACUAUUCCGUUCAGCAUGCUCUGAUCGAUGCCAUGAUCGCAUUGGGUCUGCAACACAGCCAUACAACAGAACUCUCCGGACGUAUUUUGGGACUUUCGCCACUAUCGUCAGAAGAAAUGCUUUGGCCGGGUUUUGGGUACUUCAGUCGCAGUUGUGAGCGCAUGCGGGCGAGUACCGAAGUGACCAUCAAUGCUCUUCGAUGUCACGUUCUCUUGGCCUUAUAUCUCAUGAAGGGCAACGCUUUCCACGAUGCAUACAACCUUUUUGGAAUUACUGUGCGUAAAGCGUAUAUUGCCAAAUUUCAUCGAAUACCGUCUAGUCAUUUAGCUGAGGCCGAAAGAACUGCACGCGUGCAACUAUGGUGGGUGCUUUUCUCGCUAGACCUCUGCUGCUCUCUGCAACUUGACAUGCCCGCUGCAUGCCAAAAAAAUCUCGUCAAAUGCUCCUUACCUAGUGAAGAUGCACUAAUUCGCUACCAUGGCCGCCAUAACAGUGCAAAUUCAUAUACCAUCCAUCUUGCCAAUCUUUGUGUGAUUAUAGCCGAUAUUGGUGACGGCGGUUCGACCGCGGAUCUUGUUGACGACGGAGACGACGAUAAUAGUCGCUCUUCCAAGCAUCUUGAAGACCAUGCUCUUCUUCUGUCUUCCGCUCUAAAAAAGCUCGAACUCUGGCGCAAUGGGUUACCGGAGGAACUGCGUUGGCAUCCGGAUGGAAGCUACGUAGAUACGGCUGGUUCUUCUGGUUUCGAAUACAGCGAGCAUUCACACGUGUCAGUUCGGCGUCAGGCGAUUCUGUUAGAGCUCCAAUACCACAACACAUAUUUGUUGCUGCAGCGUCCCUUCAUCCGUCUUCGCAAUAUUGCAUCGAAUGAUUCUCAUGCCAUUGAGUCUCACAUAAGCAGCUCUCUUCAGCAUGCAACUAAGAUUGUUAACACUAUCUACACAGUGUGUUCCACGUCGGAUCUUUUGUAUGGAUGGUCAGAAAUUCUACAACCUCUUUGGAACGCUGCAUUGACAAUAAUGGCCUACAUCUAUGCGAACUCGUUGAGUACAGUGGUACCAGAGGCCCUUGACUCGCUUUCGCGCGCUCAAAAACUUUUCGAGCUGCUUUCGUCCACGAGCUCCACUGCAGCAUCCGCCAAAGAAACAAUCGGAUCGCUUGUUAGUAACUUGCAAGCUAUGAUGGCUGAUGUCUCCAGUGUAGUUGCUCCUGUCGAUGCGAUGAGCUGGGACCUUUUUGCGUCGCUGAUGGACAAUGGGAAGAAAUCUUCUGAGGACAUUGAAAAUUUCGGAAACCGACAGUGA